CUGAUUAUUUUACAAUAUCGCUGAAAAGAGUUGAAUAAGGAAGCCAGAUCCCUCCAAUUACAGAUAUGGCGUCUAGCAAAUCUUCUCCAUUAAGGUUAUCCCUGUAUUCAACUUUACUGAUUCUGUUUCUUCAAUCGUCUGGCUCUCAUUCCAAAACGAACCAUGCUUUCUCCAUCAAAGAAGCAACUGUGCAGGAUCUCCAACUAGCUUUUGAGAAGAACCAACUCACCUCAAGGCAACUCGUUGAGUUUUACCUUGAAGAAAUCCACAGACUCAACCCGCUCCUUAGAGGGGUCAUAGAGGUCAACCCUGAUGCUCUGUGCCAAGCUGAUGAGGCAGACAGAAAGCGCAAGGUUAAAGCACCAGGUUCGCUGGGUGGCCUCCACGGUAUUCCUAUUUUGCUCAAGGAUAACAUCGCAACCAAGGAUAAGAUGAACACCACCGCUGGCUCACUUGCGCUGCUAGGGUCGAUUGUACCCCGAGAUGCAGGCGUGGUAACCAAAUUGAGGAAAGCUGGGGCUAUUAUUCUAGGAAAGGCUAGCUUGAGUGAAUGGGCUCAUUUCAGGGGCAAUAAUGUGCCCAGUGGCUGGUGUGCUCGGAGUGGCCAGGGAAAGAAUCCUUAUAACCUUUCAACAGAUCCAUGUGGGUCAAGUAGUGGAUCAGCCAUAUCAGUAGCAGCAAAUAUGGCAGCAGUAACACUUGGGACCGAGACUGAUGGCUCAAUCCUUUGUCCAUCUAAUAAUAACGCCGUAGUUGGCAUCAAACCUACUGUUGGUCUUACCAGCCGAGCAGGAGUCAUCCCUAUUACUCCUAGACAGGACACUGUUGGACCAAUGUGCAGAACUGUGGCAGAUGCAGUAUACGUCCUCGAUGCCAUUGCAGGCUUAGAUUAUAAUGAUAAAGCAACCAUUGAAGCAUUAAAGUACGUUCCACAUGGUGGCUACAAACAAUUUCUAAAGCCUGAUGGUCUCAAAGGGAAGAGAUUGGGCUUAGUGAGGAAUGUAUUCUUCAGUUUCGAGAACGAACCUCUUUAUACUGAAGUUUUUGAGCGUCAUUUCUCCACUUUAAGGCAUGGAGGUGCUAUUUUGGUAGAAAAUGUGAACAUAUCCAAGUUUUUGGCUGCAUAUAACUCCAGCAUAGACUACGAAUCCAUAGCAAUGGCUGCUGAUUUCAAAUUGGCAAUAAAUUCUUACUUAAAACAGCUCGUGGUAUCUCCAGUGCGAUCCUUGAAAGAUCUUAUUGCAUUCAACAACAAAUUCUCAAACUUGGAAAAAAUCAAGGAAUAUGGCCAAGAGCUUUUCGUUGACGCUGAAGCUACGAAUGGCAUCGGCAAGAAAGAGAAGGAAGCAGUAUUAAAUAUGGCUAAAAUGUCAAGAAAUGGAUUCGAGAAACUGAUAAGAGAGAACAAGCUAGACGCGUUGUUAUCACCUUUUGCAUCAAUUUCCUGGGUUCUUGCAAUGGGUGGAUACCCUGGUGUUAUUGUCCCGGCGGGAUAUGAUACAGAUGGGACGCCAUUCGGCCUUUGUUUUGGAGGACUGAAAGGCUCAGAGCCAACAUUGAUUGAGAUUGCCUAUGCCUUUGAGCAGGCAACCAAGAUCAGGAGGCCUCCUUCUUUCAAGCACUGAAUCUAUUACUGCUGGGUUGAAUGCUAGCUUCAAACAUUAAAGAAAAAAAUUGAUCAUGUUCAAUGGUUGAUUCACGUAUGCUUUAUUUACAUAAUUUUAUAUAAAUAAUCAGUCAGGCCCUUUCUUUGUUUGAAAAUAGAACUGAUCACUGAAAAACUAAUUGUUUUUUUUUUUUAAGUUAAAAAAAAAAAGGAAAGACAUGAUUCCAAUCAGGCUGGUCGGUGGUCUGCUUUAGCACAUGCUAGAAUUAUUAUAUGACUUUACUAUGACUACAUGCAAUUUAAUUAU